CCAGGAGCGCAAAGCACAGACGUGCUUGCCGAGCUCGCGCCUGCGCUGCGCACACGUGGUCGCGGUGCCCAGUGCCCGGUGUGGCGGUCCCCGCGCGGGCGCUCCCUGGUCCCAGCCCGGCGACCAGAUUGGGAAGGAGCGGAGCCCAGGGCAGUCCGCGCCGGCCCCGCAGGAGCCACCGAAGAUGCCCCACAGCAGCCUGCGCGCGGCGGCCGUCCUCCUGCUCUUGAUCUUAAAGGAACAGCUUUCCAGCACAGCCCCACUCAACGGGUUCGACUGGACCUAUAUUGGUCCUGCCGGGGAGAAGAGCUGGCCCAAGAGCUACCCGUCUUGUGGGGGCCUGAUGCAGUCCCCGAUAGACCUGCACAGUGACAUCCUCCAGUACGAUGCCAGCCUGGUGCCCCUUGAGUUCCAGGGCUAUAACGUGUCUGCCAAUGAGCAAUUGACCCUGAUCAACAACGGCCACUCAGUGAAGCUGAAGCUGCCCCCGGGCAUGCAUAUCCAGGGCCUGCCAUCCCGCUACAGUGCCACACAGCUGCACCUGCACUGGGGGGACCAGAAUGACCCCCACGGCUCCGAGCACACUGUUGGUGGGAAGCACUUCGCUGCCGAGCUGCACAUUGUCCAUUAUAACUCGGACCUGUACCCCAACGCCAGCAUCGCCAGUAACGAGUCAGACGGCCUCGCUGUCCUAGCUGUUCUCAUCGAGACGGGCUCCUUCAGUCCUUCCUACGACAAGAUCUUCAGUCACCUUCAGCACGUCAAGUACAGAGGCCAAGAAGUGCACAUUCCCGGCUUCAGCAUUGAAGAGCUGCUGCCCGAGAGGCCGGCCGAGUACUACCGCUACAGAGGGUCCCUGACCACGCCGCCCUGCAACCCCACGGUGCUCUGGACGGUGUUCCGGAACCCCGUGCACAUUUCCCAGGAGCAGCUGCUGGCUCUGGAGACAGCUCUGUACUGCACACAUGAGAACGACCCAUCCCCCAGGGGAAUGGUCAACAACUUCCGGCAGGUGCAGAAGUUUGAUGAGAGGCUGGUGUACAUCUCCUUCCAACAAGAGCGAGACCUCACCUACGCAGGACUGAGCCUGGGAAUCAUCCUUUCGCUGGUCCUGGCUUGCAUUCUUGGCUUCUGCAUCGUCCUGGCAGUAUUCAUCUGGCUUUUCAGAAGGAAGAAGAGCAGCAAGAAAGGUGGCAGCAAUAAAGGCGUCAUUUACAAACCGGCCCUCAGGAAGGAGGCGGAGGCCCACGCCUGAGGUCCUGGCGCUGCAGGCGCCGAGGGAGGACUUCGCUUUGGAUGCUUUUAGGCAAAAAAGUGAAUGAUGGCUUUCAUCACGGCGGCUCCCUGGGCACUUGAACUACCCGAAGGUUCUAUGCAGCUCACCCCACAAACACCUCAGACCCGUGGGGUGCCCCCCACCCUGAUGCUCGGCCUCUCCCAGGGCGAUCGUGGAUGGGAGAGCUCGCCCAGGAGCAGGAACUCGGAGCUGUGUCCUUCAUCUGUGAGACUGGAAGAGGUCUGGACUCUGGGGACACACCCCACGCCGCCUGUGGGGCUGCGAUAACUGAACGUCACUCUUCUCCAGGGCUUCACUCAGGUGUGGUUUCGAAAGUCCUGGAAGGUCAGCUCCUUGUCCAAGAUUUCACACCAGCGUGUGCGCAUGUGCGCCCUCUACUUCGUUGUGCUUUGGAGACUCAUGUCUUGCCUCAGGGAAGCCGGUGUUGUCUUCCUCUGAUCCUCCUGCUGUGACAGGACUUUUAGUCUGACCUUGCCACCUGGGCAGUGGUGUGUGGGGGGGGGGGGGGGGGGGGAGCACAGGCACAGGGUCAAGGUGCCUGAGACAAAAGGAAGGGGAUAUUCUUUGAAAGAUGGAAGAGGCAUCUUCCCAGUCCUGUCCUUGGGGUCAGACACGCUGACUAGACUGCAGAGAGCGUGGGAGACACAGUCUGAGGAACCUUGGAAGCUGUGAGUGUGAGAAGGUCAGACUAGGAAGCCCGAGCCCGCCCGCCCACCCGCCCGCCCGCAGGGCAGUGAGGGUUUAUGCUCCGUAGCGUUUAUCAGUAAUCGGCCCAGCCCUGAAAAUGUGCUGUUGCUUUCUCUCUCCUGGAGCGGACGUGCGCUCUGAGAGCCUAGGAAACAGGCAGAAGCAAAGUGGUUGAUGAGCUUUGUCCCUUUGGCCUAAAUUUCAUUUCUGCCUCCUUCGUGGGAUUGGGACUCGGCUACUUCCCUGACCCUCAGGAUCGAGCCACAGCUUAGUUAAAAGAUAUUUCAAGGUAUGACAGCAGGGAGUUAUCUGUGCUGGGCUGGCAGCAUGGGAUGCAGGGACCAAACCAAAGGAAUGUUCCAAAGAUCCCUCAUGGUCUCCCCCCCAAGUCCCAAAGGCAGUUCCUGAGGAGACAACUCCUUCACUGUCCCCUCCAAUGCCAGAGCUCAGGAGCCCAGGGAGUCCCAGGCCCGAGGAGGGGCCCCCACCGCAGCCUCUCAGGUCAGCACCUCCCAGUUCACAGAACCCGCUGGUCCCCAGCCUCAUCUGACAGCAUGGAAUGUCCUCCUGAAGCACGGGUCCCUUUCUGUCCUCCUCCCCUCCUGCUCUCCCUCUGACUCUCACACGUCUUCGCCACUCUCUGCUCUCACGACUUCCCUAGUGACGCCAGGGCUGGGGCCUGGGGCUCGUGUGCCUGGCGGAGUUACAAAUGAGCCCGCGGCGCCUGGGACACGUGGGUGCUCGCGAGGCCUCUGGCAGGGCUGGGGCCUGGGGGGGCCUCCCAUGCUGCCGUCAGCGCACCUGAUGCUGGUCAGAUGGCAGCAGGGACAGCCCAGUGACCAGCGAGGGGAACAAGGCAAAGCUUUCUUGGCCUCGGCCCAACGGGGCCCAUCAGACACCAACAGCAGCCACUCCAGAGCCAAAAGCUCUCUACGCCUUCGGUAGAUGAAUUUUGUACGAGAACAGAGAGAUCACUGUACCUGGCAAUGGCUUCUUUCAUCAGAAGAGAGAUUUACUGGGUGGUGAGAGCAGUGGCGUUUCUCUUGCCCCCUUCCCCCAGCACAGCCCAGGCUCUGGCUUCCUGGGCCUCUCGGCUGAGAAAAAACAAAGCCGGGGAAGCAAGCAGAGGCUCCCAGAACCAACAGGCGACCUCCCUCCUAAUCCUUAUGGGACUGGGAAGCCUUUCCUCAGGCUCUCACUGACCCACUGACACCAGUCGCCACUGAGGGAAACCUGGGUGGGGGGAGGGCGCGCGGGAAGGCCUGGCUUCGUCGCCUCUCACUAGUGGGGGUCAGGAGUCUCUCCGUUUUGUUUCUUUAGUACCCUCUGAUCAAACAGUAAAAACCUGCACCUGUUUUCUUAAUAGACAUUCUAAGAUUUUGCUGCAUUGACUAUUAAUGGCAUUUCAAGUUCAGACCUUAAAUUCUUCUCCCCUUCACUAAGCUCUCUGAGCGCCUCCUGGCUGACCCUUGGGGAGCACCGGGGUCUGCAGCACCCCUCUGUCCCUGUGCCUGGGACGGAGCGUCGGCCACUGUGAUGAAGGUCUGUUUAGCACUUAUGUAUUUAUUGUAAGAAUGAUUGUAAUGAAGACACUGUAAAUAUGAGAAAUUAUAAAUAAAGUUUUUCACAGGAGACUGA